AUGAUUAAAUGCCUAUUUUUUAUAGCAUUCAUAUUUUUGUUAAUUUAUAUAAAAUUUUCAAAAUGUGUAUCUUUAUAUAAAAAUAAUAAUUUUUUAUUUCCUUUAAAAAAUCUUAAAUCGUCAAAUUUUAUAAACCCUAUUAAAAAUACACACAAAUUUAAAAUCAGAUUAAAUGAACAUAAAAAAACUAUUAAAGAUGUAAUAAAGGAAUCUAUUAAUUUACCUAGUAAAUUUUUGCCAACUAUAUAUAACAGUUUCGACAAGCAAAUAUUAAUACAAGAAUUGUGGAAUAAAAACAAUAUAUAUGAAAAAAGAAAUUUUUUAAAUAUAAAAAAAUGUAUAUAUAGUAAAAAAAAGAAUAAUUCAAAGGGGAAGACAAUAAGGGAUUUCCCACAAAAUAGUUUAACAUAUGAAAUGAAAAAUGAAACAAAAAAAAAGACAAAAUUUGAAAAAGAAAAUUUGUCAAAAAAUAAUCUUAUGAAAUAUCUCCAAAAUAAUGAAAUAAAAAAUAUUAAUGAGUAUAUAAAAUCAAAGUCAUAUUCAAAAAAAAAAAAAAUAUUAUCCAAAUUAUUUAAUAAAUUAAUUAAAAAAAUUAAAAUUAUACAUGAUGGUCCACCAUAUGCGAAUAAUGACAUUCACAUUGGACAUAUAUUAAAUAAAAUAAUAAAAGAUAUAUAUUUAAAAUUUUUUUUGUUAAAAAAUUUUUUUGUAUUAUUAAUUCAUGGCUUUGAUACCCAUGGUUUACCUAUUGAAUAUAAUGUUAUGAAGUUGUUAAAAAUAAACAAUAUACAAGAUAUUAAUUUAAAUGAUUAUCCAUUUAAUAAAAUCGGAUUCCCAAGCAUUUACACUAAUCCCCCUAGUCAUAUAUUUAGUAAAAUACGAACGUUUGCAAAAAAGAAGGAAAUUGAUAAUUUAUUUCAUGGCCAAUUGUUUCAAACAUGUAGAUCUAUGAACAGUCAAAGUGAAGAUGCUGUAAUGAAAAAGAAGAUAGACAGCUUUAAAACAUUAUGUAAAUUAUAUUCUUCUUAUUUUAUAAAUAAACAAUUUAUUUCCUUAAUUUCUUAUGGAAUAUGGGGCUAUUGGAACUAUUCUUAUAUUACAUUUUAUAAAUUUUAUGAACAAAUUCAGAGAAGUGUUUUUGAAAAACUUCUGAAAAAGAAAUAUGUAUACAUUAGCAAUCGACCCAUAUACCAUAGUUAUGAAACAAAAACUGUACUUUCAGAUAGUGAAAUAAUAUAUAAAAACCGUAUUUGCAAUUCCUUUUACUUUUUUUAUAAUUUUAAUAAAAUAGGAAAUAACUAUUUGUUAGCAGUUUUAAACCAAAUUAAAAAAAACAAAUUAAUAAAUGAAGUUAUCCAAUUAAGCAAUGAAGAAAUAGAAUUUUGUCAAUACAAUUAUGAAAUGAUUACAGAUUACAUACAAGGAAAUUAUUUUUCGAAUAACAACUACAUUAGCACAAUAGUAAACAAAAUAAUAAAUAAUUUGAUAUCAAAUAUAAAGAUUUUAGUUUUCACAACACAAAUAUAUACAAUAUUUAAUAACAAAGCUUUGUUAAUACAUGAUAAAUAUUUAUAUAGAAUAGUAAAAGGAAUAUAUGAAAAUUCAGAAAAUGUAUAUUUUCUUAUAUGUGAUAAAUCUUUUGAUAUGUUUUAUGAAAAUUUUAAAAAAUUUUAUUGUAAAAAAAAUAAAAUUAUUCAAUUUAAAACUAUUGCUACAAUACAAGGAAAAUGUUUUAAUGACUCUACAUACUAUAAUUUUAUUAAUAAUCAAAAAAAUAAAUUUUUAUUAAUUAAUGAAAAUCAAAUAAAUGAACAUUUUGGAUCAGGGAUUGUUCAUAUUGCCCCAUCACAUGGGUUUAUCGAUUAUAACUUGUAUUAUAAAAAUAAUAAACUUAAAAAAAUAUAUUUAAAUAAAUCAUAUUAUGGAAAUAUAAAUAAUAAUUUAGAAAAAUCAAAAAAUAAGGAAAAGACAAACAAAAUAAAUAAAGUUGAAAAAGAAAAAAGUGAAGAUUUUUUAUUUGAUAUUAGCAAUCAGAAUGUUAUUGACGAAAAUGAUGAUUUGAAAGAAAAAUAUAAUAAAAUAAUAAUUGAAAAAUGUAGAAAAAAUAUUAAUUUGAUAAAACAAUAUGAAAAUGAAUCAAAUCAAUCAUUAAUAUUAAAAUUUUUGAAAAAUAAUAAUUACGAUUGUAAAUUGAAUCAACAAAAAUAUAGCAAAAUUAACAUAAAUCAAAAUAAUUCACAUUUAUUAUUUUUUUAUGCCUUUUAUGAAAAUGUUUUUUUUUAUUUUCCAUAUGAGCAUUCAUAUCCAUUUGAUUGGCGUUCACACACAACUGUUCAGGUAAAAUCAUUAUUACAAAUUUAUAUAGAUAUUGAAAAAAUAAAAAAUAAUAAAUAUUUUUUUAAAAAUAUAAAAAACAUUAAUUUUUUAAAUAAUAAUAAUAAAAAUUACCUAAUAAAUACAAUAAAAGAUCGAAAUGAAUGGUGUAUAAGUAGACAAAAAUAUUGGGGAUUAAAUAUUCCCUUAAAAGAUAUUAAAUUAAAUGAUAAUAACAAAUUAAGUUUUAAAAAUCAUAUCAUGGAUGUAUGGUUUGAUUCAUCAAUUUCGUAUCUCUAUGUUUUGUAUAUAUGUAAGCAUGUCUUAUAUAAUAUAUAUUUGAAGAAAAUUUUAUCAACUUUUAAAAAUAAUUAUAAUACCAAUAUUUAUAGUAAUAAAUUCAUACAAAAAAAAAAGAAAUCUAUAUCACAUUGGUAUACUAAUCAUAAAUAUUUGAAUAUCAAGCCCAAUACACAAUCAUUUUAUAUAUAUGACAUAUAUAAGGAAAUUACAGAAAAUAGAAAUAUCAAUCAUGAUAAAAAUAUUAUUUUAAAUGAAAUAAGCUUACUUAAAAAUAUUAUCGAAAAAAAAAAAAUAUUUGAUCCACAAAAAAAUUAUAAAAAUAUAAUAAAAGAAAUAAAAAAUAAAAGUAAUUAUUUUAAAAUAAAAAAAGUUGAUGAUACUAUUUUUUUAAAUAGUAAGAAAAAAAAAGAGAUAUACAAAAACGAUUUAUCAAUAUUCCUAUGUUGUGAAGGAAUAGAUCAAAUAAGGGGAUGGUUUCAAUCUUUUUUUUUUAUUUAUUUUAUUUUAAAUUAUAUAAAUGGGAAAAAUACAAAUUUUUCAUCUUUUAAAAAAUAUUUGCCUAUAAAAAAUGUUAUAGUUCAUAAUUAUGUUGUAGAUUAUAAUAAUGUUAAAAUGAGCAAAAGUUUAAAUAAUAUUAUUUCUCCACAUGAUAUAUUUAUAGGUAUUAAUAAUCAGCCUCAAAAAAUGACGAAAAAUGUGCAUGAACAUAUGCCAAUGGAAAAUUAUCAAAAUAAAACAACUAGCCAUUCUGCUAUUGUUCGAAAUACCAAUGACUGUGUUACCAACAAUUGCCAAACCGGUAUACUAGUUGAUAAACCAUGGGAUUAUAGAAAAGGCUAUUUUGAAAAAAACGACCAAACAAAUGACCCAAAAAACGGCCAAACAAAUAACCAAACAAAUUCGACACUGAAUAUAAACGAAAAUAAUGAUAAAGACAAAAGUAAUACUAACUCGCGUAAAGAAAUGAAAAAUCUUAAAAAUCAAUUUGAUGAUUUCACAAAAAAUAUCAAGAACAACAAAAAGUUCAAUGCUGAUAUUGUAAGGCUAUGGGUCUGUUGCUAUAAUUUUUUAGAUAGAAACAUUUCUAUUAGUUAUGAUAUACUAGAAAAUAUUAACAAACAUAUAUAUUUAAAAAUAUAUAACACCCUUAAAUUUUUAUUAAACAAUAUAUAUGAUUUAAAUUUUACAGAAAAAAAAAUAGAAUAUAAUAAGCUUCAAAUUAUGGAUAAAUAUAUAUUAUAUAAAAAAGAUUGCUUAAUUAAAAAUUGUUUAAACAGUUAUAAAAAUUUUCAAUUACAGCUACUUAUUAAAUAUAUAUUAAACUUUAUACAUAAAGAUAUAGCAAUAUAUAUUGAUUAUAGUAAAGAUAGGUUAUAUAUACAUGAGAGAAAUUCUAUAAAUCGAAGAAAUUGCCAAAAGGUUUUCUAUAAAAUUAUUAUUGACUUGUUAAGAAUAUUAGCGCCUAUAACACCACAUUUGUGUGAAGAUUUAUAUCAAAGUUUUCGAAAUUUGAAAAAUAGUAAUUUAAACAAAUUAAAAAAGAUAAAUGGAAAAGUAAAAUCGAUUUUUUUACUCCCAUUUCCAAAAAUAAAAAAUUAUAAACAAGUUAGCUUAGAUAUCUUAUUCUUAAUAAAAUACUAUAUUCAUAAACAGCUAAAUUCAUAUUUCUCAAAUUCAUUACUAGCCAUUGUUUAUAUUUAUUGUGAUAACGAUGAGAUUCUUAACUUACUAAAAAAAUUUUUGAAAAAUGUGAGUCCACUAGACAAUUUUAAUAAUUAUGAUGAUCUUCGAUUUGUAUUCAAUGUAUCAAAUAUUAUUCUAUGUAAUGAUUUAUCCGAUGUUCAAAAAAUGGACGAAAAUUAUAAAACCUAUAAAAUUCCCCUCCUUACUAAUAUUAUGAACAGUAAUACGAACGAAAACAAUAUUUCUGACGAAUUUUUUCAGAAAAAUGACCAAAAAAACGAUUUUGAAAACAUAUUAAAUUUUGAUGAACACACUAAAUAUGCAAACUUAAGCAUAGGAAUAAAGAAAUCGGAAUCACAACGAUGCUCCAGGUGCUGGAUGUAUGGUGAGACGGUGAGUUUCUUUAAGGAGAGUUUUUUUUGCCCAAGAUGCUUGAAUAUCAUAAAAACAUAUUUAUAA